CUUUAAUCUUACCGACAACAAAACAGAUUUGGUUGUUUAAUUUAAUUCUUUGUAACGAGAACUAAUCAAUGGAUUAAUCCCUUAUUCCUGUUGCAGCCAAAAAUCCAAUGUCCAAGAAUAGCACCUGGAUAAAGGAAAAACUGCAGCUCAAGCUGUUCCCACUGCCCCCAAAAGAUUUGGGGUGUUACUCAGUGCCAGCUAUAAGCCAACCCAGAUCAUACAGUAAAUCAAUACCAGACAUAUUAGAAUGUCCGGCAACAAUAAUUUAUUGCCAUUGAUCGGCUGGCAUCAACCCCCUCUUCACCCAAUCGCCCCAGUUACCCAAAAUCAAGAUCACCAAAUAUUUAUUUUUAUUUGAGGAUUACAACAAAUAUUUAAUUCACCGACUCAAUCAAUACACCUGAAUCUCAUCAAAACCAAGACGCACACAAGGCAUACGAUUCCAUAACGUGCUUUGUCUCUUCAUUUCUCUCUCUAUAUAAUCUUAGAAAUGUGUAUAUAUUAGCAUGGGGAAGUGCCCAAUAAGCUUGUGUAAGCAAUAACAAUGGCAACUGUUGCUCAAAGAGCUCCGUUAGUAUGCCUGUGUGCCUUAAUCAUAUAUGCAGUGGUGGAUCUGAAGUGGGUGUAUGGUGCAAAUGUUUCAUAUGAUCAUAGAUCUCUUAUUAUUGAUGGCCAGAGGAAACUGCUCAUGUCAGCUUCCAUUCAUUAUCCUAGGAGCGUACCUGCAAUGUGGCCAGAUUUGAUUGCGAAAGCCAAGGAAGGAGGAAUUGAUGUGAUCGACACUUAUGUGUUCUGGAAUGGGCAUGAACCUAAAGAAGGCACCUAUUACUUUGAAGACCGUUUUGAUCUGGUCAAGUUUGUGAAGAUUGCUCAGCAGGCAGGGCUUUAUGUGAAUUUGAGGAUUGGUCCGUUUAUUGCAGCCGAAUGGAUUUUUGGAGGGAUACCAAUUUGGCUUCAUUAUGUACCUGGGACAGUUUUUCGAACAAAUAAUGAGCCUUUUAAGAGAUACAUGGAAAAAUUCACUACAUAUAUUGUCGAUCUGAUGAAGCAUGAGAAACUUUUUGCAUCACAGGGUGGUCCUAUAAUUUUAUCACAGAUAGAAAACGAGUAUGGUGAUAUGGAAAGUAAUUAUGGAGAAGGUGCAAAGCCAUAUGCAAUGUGGGCAGCAAAGAUGGCCUUGUCACAGAAUAUAGGUGUGCCUUGGAUAAUGUGCCAACAAUAUGAUGCUCCUGAUCCAGUGAUAAAUACUUGCAAUCAGUUUUACUGUGAUCAGUUUACGCCCAACUCUUACAGUAAGCCUAAAAUGUGGACAGAGAACUGGCCUGGUUGGUUCAAAACUUUUGGGAGUCGUAAUCCUCACAGGCCACCUGAGGACAUUGCAUUUGGUGUAGCUCGAUUUUUUCAGAAGGGGGGAACCUACCAAAAUUAUUAUAUGUAUCAUGGAGGAACCAAUUUUGCACGUACAGCUGGGGGGCCAUUCAUCACAACGAGUUAUGAUUAUGAUGCUCCUAUAGAUGAAUUUGGAUUACUAAGACAGCCAAAAUGGGGCCAUCUCAAAGAAUUACAUGAAGCAAUAAAGUUAUGUGAUUCUGCACUACUGUACGGGGAGGAAAAGAAUCUGUCCCUUGGCCCUUUACAGGAGGCAAAUGUUUAUACUGGCCAAGGAGUUUGUGCAGCAUUCCUUUCCAACUCUGAUGAAGAGCAUGAUAAAGAUGUCAUCUUCCAAAAUAAAUCAUACCAUCUACCUGCUUGGUCUGUAAGCAUUCUUCCAGACUGCAAGAAUGUGGCAUUUAAUACAGCAAAGAUUGGAGUGCAGACUUCUAUUGUAGAAAUGCAGUCUAUAGAUAUGAUGUCCGCAAAUUCCUUGCUGGAAGAAGAAUCAAAUGCAGCAAUACAUUGGGAGACAUUCAAGGAAAAAGUUGGAGUUUGGGGAAAUGAUGUUUUUACUACUAACACCCUUAUAGACCAAAUUAAUACAACAAAAGACACCACUGAUUAUUUGUGGUACACAACAAGUCUGCAGGUUGAUGAAAAGGAACCAUUUUUUAGUAAUGGGUUGCUGCCAGUGCUAAUAGUUGAGUCAAGGGGACAUGCAAUGCACCUCUUCAUCAAUAAUGAAUUUAUAGGAAGUGCAUCAGGGAAUGGGGAUGAUAUCACAUUCAAGUAUGAAAAAGCUAUUCAUUUAAGGGCAGGAAAAAAUGACAUUGUUUUCUUGAGCAUGACAGUGGGUUUACAGAAUGGUGGACCACAUUAUGAUUUUGUGGGAGCAGGCAUUUCCAAGGUCAAAUUAGAAGGCUUUCGAGAUGGAUCAAUAAACUUGUCCACAAAUGAUUGGACAUAUCAGAUUGGGUUGAAAGGUGAACAAUUGAAUCUUUAUUUAGAGAGUGGAGUGGGAAAUGUGCAAUGGGAAAAAGCUGCCAGUCCUCCUAAGAAUCGAGCUUUGACGUGGUACAAGGCUAGAAUAAAUGCUCCACCAGGAAAUGAUCCUGUAGCUUUGGAUAUGUUAAGUAUGGGUAAAGGCCAAGCAUGGUUAAAUGGUCGUAUGAUUGGAAGAUACUGGCCAAUAUCUAGCUCCCCUUUUGCGGGUUGCCCAAGUAAAUGCAACUAUAGAGGAAAAUUCCUUCCAAACAAAUGCAGUACAGAUUGUGGCAAUCCUACACAGAGAUGGUAUCAUGUUCCAAGGUCUUGGUUUAAUCCCACAGACAAUUUGCUCGUACUUUUUGAGGAUAAAGGAGGUGAUCCAACUCAGAUCAGAUUUGUUAAAAGAGAAGCUAUAAAACUAUGUGGCCUCAUUUCUGAGGCACAUCCUCCACACCUUAAAUAUUGGAGGAAAACAAUAACCAAUAGCAUAGAGCUAGAAAAUACAGCCAGACCAACUCUUAACCUUCAGUGUCCAGAGGGAAGUCAGAUUUCAUCCAUUAAUUUUGCGAGCUUUGGCAAUCCUCAAGGAGCCUGUGGAGCUUUUGAGAAGGGCAGUUGUCAUGGAGUUCAGUCUUCUUCCAUAGUACAGAAGGACUGUAUUGGAUGUAAGUCUUGUUCAGUGACACUCUCAGUAGAGAAAUUUGGAGAGGAUCCAUGCCCUGGGGCUUCAAAAAGUUUAGCUGUUGAAGCUUACUGCAGCUGAUAUAAUUUUCUUCAUUCGACCAGUAACAGCCUGAGUAGAUUUUAAUUUUGUUUGUUGAAUUGAUUGAUUGAUGCAAUCAUUCCAUUUUAAUUUUCCUACAAUAAUGUGAACAUUAUUCUCUGGGCUGUGAAUAAAGCUGACAAAAAAUUUCACCUCA